AUGAAUUCAGGCGAUGAUUCAUCGCAAGAUGGCGACUUUUGUUCUGAUGUAUUGGCGGCGGUUGGGAUGACACCUGGUGGUAGCUCUUCUUCACACAGUUUAAUUCAGAAUAAAAUGAGACAUGCUGACCGAUUUUGGGUACUUCCAGGGGAAAAGAUACAAACUGAGGAGACAAACAUUGGUUAUAUGUCACCGGUAGGUAAAGUGAAUGGUAGGGUACUCGUUACCAAUUACCGGUUACGUUUUGAAGCGAAAUCAACUUCGGAAAAUCGACAUAGCAAGUGUUGUCAAUUUGAUAUACCUCUGGGAUGCAUCUCACGGGUUGAAAAAGUUGGCUAUUCUACAGUAAGCCGCGGCGAAGAUUCUUACGGACUGGAGAUCACUUGUAAGGACAUGCGUAAUAUAAGAUUCACUCAUCAGCAAACGAAUCACAGUAGACGUCCACUUUAUGAAAGUUUACAGCGAUUUGCUUUCCCAGUUACCAACAAAGCUGCUUUCUUCGCUGUAUCUUUCAAGCCUGAUUGGACUUUCAAUGGUUGGAACGUUUAUGAUACUGUCCGAGAAUUGAAUCGAAUGAAUGUACCAAACGAAACUUGGAGAAUCACCAAGAUAAAUGAUCGAUAUGAAUUCGCCGACUCAUAUCCUGCUUUGUUAGCUGUACCAGCAACAGCAGUGAUAGAGGGUGAAGAUUUUUUGCAAAAAGUUGGUGAAUUCCGGAGUAAGCAAAGGAUACCUGUCUUGUCAUGGUUGCAUCCUACUUCUCAAGCAUCAAUAACACGAUCAUCGCAACCAAUGGUUGGCGUUACGUCUCGAAAAUCUGCGGAAGAUGAACGAUAUCUACAGAUGAUUAUCGAAGCGAAUGCGCAUGCUCAUCAGCUACUUAUAUUUGAUGCUCGUCCGGCCGUAAACGCAAAAGUCAAUAAAGCAAAAGGUGGUGGUUUUGAAGAUUCAUAUGCGAACUGUCGACUGAUAUUUCUGGAUAUACAGAACAUUCAUGUGGUUCGAGAAUCGCUAAGAAAAUUAAAAGAUGUAUCAUAUCCUCGUGUCGAUGAGAAAAACUGGUUUCGUAUGUUGGAUGAAACGAAAUGGUUGAACCAUAUUCAGACUGUUCUGGAUGGUGCAACCCAAAUUGCUCGCGAAGUUGAAGAUAACAAAGCGUCUGUUCUGAUUCAUUGUAGCGAUGGUUGGGAUAGAACUUCCCAGUUAACUUCGUUGGCGAUGCUGGAGUUGGAUCCGUAUUACCGAACUAUUCAAGGAUUUGCAGUAUUGGUGGAAAAGGAAUGGUGCAGUUUUGGCCAUAAAUUUGCCCACCGUGUGGGACAUGGAGAAGACAAACAUAGUGAUAGCGAAAGAUCCCCCAUAUUUGUGCAAUUUAUUGAUUGUGUGUGGCAAAUUAUGAAUCAGUUUCCAUAUGCUUUCGAAUUCAAUUCGUUAUUCCUGAUAACAAUAUUGGAUGAGUUAUAUUCUUGUCGUUUUGGGACAUUCUUAUACAACAGUGAAAAGCAACGGCAUCGCGACCAACGCGUAAAGGAAAAUACAGUAUCGCUAUGGUCUUACGUUAUUACUGAAAGAAGGCGUUUUCUCAAUCCAUUCUACAACCAGUAUCCUCGAUUUGUCGAUAUUUUGCGUCCUAACACUCGGUUAAUGUGUAUUAAAGUUUGGAAAGACUACUAUUUCCGUUAUAAUCCGGCAAUUGUUGCACAGGAUCACAUGGAUAUUGAAGCUCUUGUGAACGAGAAGAUCCUACAGAAGGUUGAAGCUUUGAAAGCUGAAGUGAUUAUGCAUGAGCAGGCUCUUAGUAAAACUGUUCCGAAUCCAUAG